AUGGCAACAACGUCCGCGCCCAGUAGUACGGUGGGACGGGAAAGCGCCGCAUCUUCUGCCAGCGAACCGACGGCGCAUCCUUCGAUCCCCUUCCGGUGCGAGCUGUGCGGUUUGAGCGAGAGCUGCGAUUACCGGGGCCGUCGACCACCGUUUGCGAGCAAAAUCGAACUGCCCGAAGAGUGUUACGUAAUGCGCGAUCCGUUCGCGCCGCCACCCCAAGCCGUACCGGACAAACCGGCCAGCGAGCACUAUCUGCUGCUCGGUGCGGACUGCCACAGCUGCCGGCGCACCGUGUGCAAGGCGGGCGAGUGCAGCUUCUUCUACGGGGCCACCUUUUGCCGGCAGUGCAGCGUGCAGCGGGUGCAGGAUUUUCCGCUCGAAGUGCGGAGCAAAAUAAAAAAGCAGUUCUCAUAG